AUGGAGGAGAGCGGGGAGGCCUCAGCAGAGGCUUCCGCGGACCGUGGGUCGCCUAGCACGGGGCAUCGCUUUCGGCCGCAGCAGCAGCAAAAGCAGGCCCAUAAUAUCGGUUCAAAGGACUUUCGCAGUCUUGCAGAUGAGCGUGCAAAGGCGUUGUUGGAAUACCGAGCACGUUGCACAUCGGCGCGUUUCUGGGUCCAAAGUGAGUUGCUAGAUCUUCGUGUUGGAGGGUGGCCAUCUUGCACCGGCUGCGCCUUGAGUGAUGCCCCUUCGCCGAACCCAGGAGGAGGAUCUUCCGUUGCCCAUACAGAGGGCUGCCGGAGCAGUGGGCCGGGCGUUGUGGGGGACCUUCCCAAUCUUAUCAGGCAGCAUCUUACUUGCCCGCUGCUUUCGCGGCUGCUGCAGCAAGAUCCCGUUCUAAGUGGCAAGUUAGCCACCCUUGACCGUGUGUUGUGGCAGCGUCGCUCGAAGCACGAGACGCAGACGCCUGGCUGGAUGAGUCAUGAGCCCCUGUGCCCUGAAUGUUGCUCGUUUGGAGUCCCCCAUGGGGCUGCAGAUAUCACCAGUACAGCUUCUACAGGAACAAGCAAUCACGAUUCCUCCCGUACGAGCACGAUGGACUCGGUCGUUGGGGGGGAGGGAGUGCCUGGUGAGGGCGCGCGGCUGGGGAGGACGGUUGAAGACGAAAGCCGGCCCGUCACUGCUUGGGUAUCUUGCGAACAAUGUCUGGAGCACUUUGCAUACAUUGUUGCAUCAUUACUGGUGUUUCUCAAGCCUUCAGAGCUCAGGGACUUGGCGGUAGAAAGGCAAGAGUCCCAGUGCUGCGGCUUUGUGUUCUGCGGCAGGCGGAACAUCUCCACACCGGAAAAGCGCCGCGCAGCAUUAUGGCGGUGGACACUAGACUUUGGAGGGAGCAAGGCCCUCUCGGAAGAUGAGUUGGUGCAAUUCUGCUGCAGUCGUUGCUGCAACCGCCAACAGCAGCUCUUACGCCUUUUGGACGAGGAGCCGAUGUACACCAGGCCUGGAAUAAAGGAGUGGAUUAGUGACGCACUGCAGAGGAAGGCCGCUUAUCGUCCUCAUCCCCACGGCUUGCCAGAGGAAGGCAGGGUUAAGACUGGGGGAGAAACUAGCCUGCAGGUGCAGAAGCAGCAGGUAGGAGAGUCAAGAAGUUCUGACCCCGCGUCACAGCGCGUUAUGGGCCUCAGACCACCUUUAGAGAUGGACGAGUUGCUGGGUGAGGAUGCUGCGAGGCUGAUUAGCCCGGUGCUGGAGAAACGGCCUUCUUGCGUUUCCUUUUCCACGGAGUCCUCUAGUGCAGAGCUCAGCAAGCUGGACAGCAGCCUGGAGUCCGAGAGCUUUAGGGUUCCUUUGACCGUUGACGAUGAGAGCAGUGCAGACGAGGCGCCAGCGAAAGACAAAAAUGAAGACAGCCGUAGUUCUGUUACAGAUAGCGAGGGGCCCCCUCUUGCUGAUCACCCGGCUGCCGCAUUGGGAGUAAAAGGUGGAACAGCUGCGGCGAACAGGAUUCUCUUGUUAGAAUACGGGUCUUCUUCAACAGCCAAUAAUGAAGGUCCCAAGGCCUCCGUUCCUGGCAGCCAACCAGGCACGUGCGAACAGUCUGUGGGGGCUUCUGCAAGCUGUUCCCCAAGGGGGGUGUCUUCGACUUCCCCUAAAAUUGAACGGGCGUCUACCUCUUCUUCUUCGCGGUCUGCGGUUGUGGACCCAAGCAGGAUGGACGGCGUCGUAGCUGCUGAACGGCAGUUGGAGCAGCGGGUUGAUCCGAUCGCCGCGAAUGCUAGGGAGAAGAAUGCGCAUACCGAGGCCCCGCUAAAGGUUCGUGGGUCUCGCGUUCGAUUUGCAGAUGACGACGAGCAAGACGGAGUUGACGGAGAUGGUGAUGCGGACUCGGCGGCGUAUCUCUUCAAGCACUUCUAUAACAUUCAUGACGAAGAUGACGGGCCGGGUUUUUACGCUCGCCUAGAACGGCAGGCAGCAGCAGGCAGCUCACAUGCUGCCGGCAGUCAGAUGCGAAACGGCAAUGGAGAAUUGAGGAGUAUCCUCAAACCUCCUACAGAGCCAACGGAGCCGUCACCUCCCCCUGUUAGCGCCAGUACUGAAGCUCAAGUGGGAUAUAUGCGGCUCUCUGACAUAGUUAUUGCAUUCGAUCUUUUAUCUUCAUGUUGCACCGAUGCGUCUGCCAGAUUCCUUGCCAGUUAUCACCGUCGGUUCUGCACCUGUUCAUGUGAGGGAGCCGCAUCAGCGUCGGGAGAUUCGGCUUCCCGUGGUUCCGACGGUGACGAGUCCCCGAAGCUAGAGACGGCGUCGGAUGAGGACGACGCGAGGAAUUUCCACUUGCGCAAAACCACCGAAGGGGAUGAGUCUGAUAAUGUCUCCUGCGUUGACGGGGAAUCGGGGGAUGAUAUCGAGCCAACACAGCUGUGGAAGAGGCGACAACAACAGCUCCUUAAAGCCAUCCUAAGGAGCUUGCCAGCUGCAGCGGAUAAUUUUACUUCGCUUGUUACGGAACUGUGUGAAACUCUUCAGCCGCUUCAGAGACGCCCGCCGCCUUGCUCAAUCGAGGGCAAAGUUGAAGGAUUCGAAGCAUCCGAUGCAGCAGCGUCGUUCUACUUCGAUGACGCGUUGACUAUUGCCAGGGACGAGGAUGUUGGACUCGAGUUGGUAGACUUUGUCCGGUCUACUAUUCACAAGUCAGCCCCGUGCCCAACUCCAGUGCGACCCGUCGACGCGCCACCAACAGGGGAAGCAGCGGAGGCACCGUUGCCACAGCAUGAAGAGAAGGCUGUUCAUGUGCUGCUAGAGUCAAUCUUCACUCGAAUGACACAGCCGAUCAUGCAGUUACAAGAACCAUCUCGUCCGCCUCUCCCGACUGCCCCAUAG